AUGGGGAGAGGAUUCUUGUUCGCUGCCUUUCUCGUUGCGGUAGCAUUCUCCGGCUUGCCGUUGGUUGGGGAUGACAUCGCGUCGGAGGAGAAGCUCUUGGACUUGUACGAGAGGUGGCAGAGCCACCAUGGCGUGUCACGCAGCGUCGACGAGAAGCGCAUCCGCUUUGAUGUUUUUAAAGAGAACGCUAACUACGUGUUCGCGUCCAACAAGAAAGCCAAGCCUUACAAGCUUAGCCUCAACAAGUUCGGCGAUACGGCGAGGGAGGAGUUCAAGAGGACGUACGCAGGGACGAGGAUUCGUCGCCGCAGCACUCUCAGAGGAAGCGCGAACCUCAUAGGGUACUUAUACAAGAACGUCACCAAUGUAACUCCCACCGUCGACUGGAGGCAGAAGGGUGCCGUCACUACGAUCAAAGACCAAGGCAAAUGCGGGAGUUGCUGGGCCUUCUCGACAGUAGUUUCGGUGGUGGGAAUAAACCAGAUCAGAUCCAACGAGCUCAUCUCCUUGUCAGAGCAACAACUGGUGGAUUGCGACACCAACACCAACAAAGGGUGCGAUGGAGGUAUGAUGGAUGAUGCAUUCGACUUCAUCGAAAGAAAUGGAGGGAUCACAACAGAGGAAAACUAUCCUUGUGUAGCUCGACAAGAACUAUGCAAAAUUGGUGGCGAGCUCAUGGACUUUAUAGUUGUGCUUCAUGGCUCUAAAGCUGUGAAGGCAUUUAGCAGCAACAUGCAUAUUUCACUUGGUGCAGGUUUGAGCUUUGCUGCAGGACCAGUUGGCAGAGUGUUUGAAGCAGAUCUUCGAGCUGGCGACAAAGGGUCUGGCAUGUGUUAUACAUACAGCUGCAGCAAAG